AGGUUUAUGUUUGUGUCGCUCACACUGAAUGUUUUCUCUCUCCCUCGAGACACUAGAAAAGCUAUAUAUUUGAUCAUUUGGAAAACCACCACUACACCUACUACAUCUGGUGUGGAUAUCUUGAGAACAGGAUUGGCUGAGAGGAAACACUGAUGAUGAAUGAAGAUAAAGUGUAUGAGAUCAUCCUGAGAUGGCGCAACACUCCAGAAGAAGAUUUAAAGCCGGAGGAUUUCCAGCAGUUCAGGGACAUCGGAGCGGCUUGUCUCAGAGGGGGGGACGGCAAACAGCUCCUAAAAUUUCUCCAGGAUGAGAAAAACCAGGGAAUCAUGAAGUCCAUGGGCUGUGGGCUCUUAGCACCUCUAAUGAAGGAAGUUGUUAAGAACAAGAAGAGUCGUGACGAUUGCCAGGCUGCCAUCAUGCAACUAACCAAGAUUUGCAGCUCAGAAAGCCUGGUGGAGAGCUUCAUUGGAUUAAUAGAAGACAUGGAUCCAGGUGCCAUUUCUGAAACCAUUUUAGCCCUUCUUCCACAUCUUCAAACAGUUCUCUUUCAGCUGGAGGAGAACCGAGCGGCCUGUUUGGGUUUGACUCUAUCAGCCCUUCAGCAGCAGCUGUCCAGGCUGCCUGUUCCCUUCACCCUGCAGCAGGAGGAGGCUGAUGAGCACGGCCUGUGCCACUGCUGCAUCGCCCUGGCCAUGUUUGCCAAGGCUUUUAUAGACGACCUGAAGAGGAAGGAGGAAAAGUGUCAUCCCACUGCUGAAGAAGAAGCUAUGAAGGCUGAAAUCUUGAAGUUCUGCAUGAGGAGUUUAAAGGAACCUUUACUUGAAGCUGAACUGAACCAAAAUAAAAAAUCUACUUUGUGGCUCUUUGCAGCAGAGAUAAUGGUCAGCCUACCUGCGAUCAAAGAACCUAUUCCAGGACUUCUGCUCUUCAGUUCUCUGAAAAAAUUCCCCAUGAUUGAUACCAGCCUGUCCAAGGAGUCACUGGCAUGUCUGGCCUAUCUGCUGUUUGUCCAGCUCAUAACCAUCGACAUGUUUCCAGCUGUGUUCAGUCCUGUAUUUAUUCUUCAGUGCAACAUGGAUCACAUCAACCAGCUCCUCAGUAGCAAAAAGGAAUCCUAUUUGCUGAAAGGACUGGCAUUGUUUUCCAAAAGUUUGGAGAAAGUGGAAGACGACAGCCUUCCUGUAGGUCUGCUAGACCUGAAAAGCUUCUAUAAUGCACCGCAGAACCUGCGACGAGUUCUCACUGACUGCCCCUUUCAACAUCUGAGAGAAUCAGGACUGAAAAUAUUCCAGCUUUUCAUAAACAAACUCGACGUUGAAGCAAAGCAUAAAUUCUUCAGGUGCAUGUUAAAGACAAGCCACCAUGCAGGCGUUGAAGGCUACAUAGUGAAAAACAUCAGGAAUCAGGUCCAUCUGUCUAUAAAGGCUGACGCCAACAGGUGGUUCCUGGGAGCAGAGCUGCUCCCGCUGCUUGAUCUGGUGCUCAGUUUACCACAAGGAGCAGAGACGGAUCUGCUCGCCAACAUGGACAGAAUAAUGGAGAGUCUAAAUCUUCUGCGCUAUCUGCUUAUGCAAGACAAGGAACUGAGGAGAAACGCUAACAUGUGGGAGGACUUCUGCAGGAUCAAAGAUGACUACCUAAGAAUGCUGAGAGUGAGCAUCAGCAUGUGGAGAGCAUAUUACUCUGCUGAGAUGAAAGCACUGAAGGAGGAUCAAAGGCUGAAAGCAAAAGAGGCUAAGGAGAAAGCUAAGUCUACCAGAUUGUUAAGACCCAUAACGGUGAAGCAUGAAAAAGUUCCCCACAUGUCUCCAGAGAUCCAGCACCAGGUGCUGCAGAGCGCUUUGGUGACGUUUGACUUGAUGGAAAGUCUCAUCGUCCGGAUAGACGAGAUCACAGAGGAAAAGCUGGGGGAGCUUCACUGACACCGAUCUGCUUGGGUUUUUGGCUGAUAACAGAAAGCCUUCAGCGGUUCCAAAUGUUUAUUUAAGCUUUUGUUGAAAUUAUUUGACCAAACAGAGAAGAAAACAGUUUGCAUCUGUGCUACUUAUGCUUCACGUAGCUUCGUGUACGAACUCUGGUGGCAUGGAUCAUAACAUGCCUUUCAGCAUUUCCCACACAGGACUGGACUCGACGAUGCGGGCCCGGGCCAAAGACAUCCGCUCUCGGAUUUUAUCCACGUGCGGCUUGCUGGUGGCCUGCAGGAAGUUAAUGUUUGUCUUUACUUCAAACUAAGAACAACAGAAAAGAAUGACUGCUUUCCUAAAUAACCAGUUACCUUGGCAACCGUCAGCAUCGCUUUUGUUAUCUGAGGAGCGUUUCGUACAGGAAGGACCUUCAGAUUGCUGCCAAGAAAUCUGAAAAUAAUCAAAGUUUUCAUCUUUCUUUA